AUGUUUACUGCAUUUGUUCGACGGACGGUCACGCUCCGCGCUGCCUACGUGCCACUCGCAGCGGCUUACACACCAGCAUCCACAUUCAACGCAUCGGCUGUGCCCAUGGCAAUGACCAGUGCGACCUCUACGCCAACGGGAUGUAAUCCUGUAGUGGAAAGUGCGAGCAAAUUUCCUGCUACUACUACUGCCGUGAGUGGUAGUGGUGGCAGCGGUGACACACUGCCGCUUGUGGGCGACCCGCGUGUGAGCAUUUGGCGGGAUGAGGAGACCUUGUUGCGGGCAUCGUUGGGUCGGUUGGAGGCGGAGCGGGAGUUGGCGCGGAUGCGGCACCGAUGCGAGGACGAGCUGAGGUCUCUUCGUGAAGGCUUGAAGGUGCGGGAGGGACAAGUAGCACGUCUUGUGCGUCGCGUCAUCACGUGUACUCCUGUAACGAAGCGACGUGGGGGCCACUCAGCUGCCGGGUCCAGCAGCGGCAACAGUCCUCACGGCACUGCCGUUGCGUCUGGGGCGGGAGGCAGCAUUGCUGCCACGGAUGAGUGUGAGGGGCCGGGGGCGGUGGUGACGCAAGAUCAGGCGGCUGCGGAGAACUGCAGCCUAGCACAUCAGGACAGGCUGAGCGGGAAGGGCAUGGACCACAGCAUGACCCUUGAGGAUGCGGGAAAGACGUCGGGGGAGGAGAUAAAUAGCGGCGGCAACGACGAAGACGAGAAGCCUGAGGAUGACCAGCAGUCGCCUGGGUCCCCGAUAGCAACCGGGGAGGACGCGGCGGAGGAUGCGGACGCCGACAAGUUGGUGCCGCCGCCGCCACUCGGCACGGAGCCGCAUACGUCAAAGGGGGCAGGUGGCGCGGCGCAGGUCGGCGGCAGCGCCGCCGUGACGAACCCCACAGGGGAGGUGCAGCCGGCCGCCCCCACCGAUGCGGGUCUCGCGAAGGACGCCGAGCAGUCGCGGAAAAGACGGGCAGGCACGACGAAGAGCAGCAGCGGUGGCAGCAGCAGCAGCAGCGGCAAGAAAAGGACGACACCAAAAGGACGAGGCCCAGCGAAAAAUAAGAAGGCGGACACGAAGAAACCGGCGAAGCCACGCACCAACACGCAGAGAAGGUCCGCCUCGCACAACACUCGCGCCAGCAAGAAGAAGGCGCAGCCGACACCGAAGAAGACAACGCCUCGCUCUGGCGCAGCGAAGAGGCCGAGCUCGGCGUCAAAUAAGCAGCCGCGGCAGCGGAAGCAACAAAAUAAAACUAACAAGAGUAAACAAGGCAACCGUGGAAAGAGCAGUGAACACACAAACAAACCCACCUCCACACGGCGAAGGAAAUAA